AUGAUUAGAUUGCAUUGGAUUGGCGUGUUUCGAUCACUGUUUGAGUAUUGUGUGUCAUCGAGAAACGGCAGUCUGCUUCUCGCUUCAGAUCAGUUCCCUCUCGACGGUGUCAGUUGGAGUUGGCCUCCAACUCCGAGGGGCAGAAGCUCCGCGCCGAUCGAUCAAGGAAGGUGGAAAGUGCAAUUAGCACCGCCGAGUCUAACUGGACGAGGUUGGAAACCGCGUGACAAUCCAACUUUGGACGAUGUCAAUUUGCUCGCCGAGGCGCAUUUUGCAGAAGACAGCCGAAAGCAGAACAUCAAAUCUCCUCCAACCCUUUCCGUCGCAACUAAGCGUUGCGUUAGUGAAUCCGGACAGCAGUUCGGUAGCGCAGUUGACAUGUCGGUUUGGCGCAUGCCUCUCGACCGUGAGUUUGAGGUGAGAUUGCCGAAUCCUCCCACAAAAGACGGACCAGGCCUCCUGAGGUCAGUGAAUGUCCACAAAGGACCAUCUCGUCCGGACUGGACGGAAUUGUAUGCUUCAACUCAUCCGGGCAUCCGUGUCCACCUCGUCCGAAUCUCGUAG